GGCACGUUCCAGACGUGCACAGCACAGUCCCAAAUGCAAAGAGCGCUAUCAUCAAUCGAGCUCUCAGCCGGUCACUGCGCCGCCUAAACAUUACUUUAUCGACAAUGGGACUCGAAAAAGAGAAUUAUGAGACAAGUAUUAUCAUGGACGAGGAUGAGUUCAACAGAUCUAUUGAACCGAUCCUGUCGAAAGAAGACAAAGUCUACGCCACACUUCCAGACCGAGAUCCCAAUGACAUAAACACGCACCUGAAGGUUGGUUUUGACGACGUAAUAGCAGAGCCUAGCUCAAGCCACAGCUUCGAUCGGGUGUGGAUAGGAAGUCACGCCGUCUUCGAAUUAGUCAAAUACGUCUUCUAUCGAAUACUGACCACCAUCCUUGCCGUCCCCAUGGCAUUUCUCCUCGGAAUGAUCUUCGCGGUCAUCAGCUGUAUUCAUAUUUGGGUGUUGAUGCCGGCGGUGCGGAGCUUUCUGAUGGCCCUGCCCUCCAUCCAGGUGAUCUGGAGCAGCCUGACGGACACGCUCGUCACCCCCCUGUUCCACAGUAUGGGCCGGUGCCUGGCCUCCGUGCACGUCCACAAAAAUGACUACUCAUGAGGGCGCUCCUUCCCCUUUCGUGGACGACCGCCGAGGGGGGUGGGCGGUAACAACGGGUGGAUUUCGGGGUGGCUGAGAAAGACGUCAAAGUGUGUCUUUGGUUUUUAUUUAUUUAUGUGUAAGGGGAGGAAAUAAGGAAUAUCUUCCUUGUGUUUCCGUGAAAGUAAUUAAUCUUCUCGUCGAGCCAACAUCAACACUGCUAGAUAUCUGUUAGAAUUGUUCCAUCGUUAUUUGUCAGAAAGCUAACUGCUGUAGUUUCACACAGGAUUAAUCAUAAUGUGCUGUGUUUAAGUGCUUUUGUCAAGCUAUAUAGUUUUAUAUGUACGAUAUACUGCUGAAAAGGAAAAUUGAGACCAAAACAAAUUAUUGUUAUUCUGUAGCUCUGAUUCUGAUUACAAAAACACAGUUUUACUCAUAAUUAAUCAUAUCAGGGCAACAGGAUAUUGGACAUCAAGGCAUCAUAACAUCCCUGUCAUCAGACACAUUUGUUUCUGCUUUUUAUGUGUUUUAUAUACAGUAGCAGAGGAUUCAGCUGGAAGUGAAUGGAGUCUUCUAUAAUAGCGUGUAUGUAAAUCCUGAUUUAUGUAUUGCAUACAUGUACAGCCUUAUUUAGCUAUUGCUGUGUUGAUGUCACAGGGCUUGACAUAUUAGAGACAUUCGCUUUUAUACUAAUGAGUGGUUUUCUGGACACCAAGCCAAGUGUCAGCCUAGGAAUCCCCAGUGAUCUUUGUAGUCUAGGAUAAUCUUGUAUUGAGAAAUCGCACCUUAAAACCUAAAGACCAAAAAAGUUGUAUAUUUAUUAAGUAAUGUUUAUCAUAUUAAUAAUUAAAAAAAUAUUAAGACUGGCUCUGUAACCAAUAAAAUCUUGCAGCUUCAGAUCAAAAUGUUAUUUAGUAUGUUAUUUUCGACAUAUUUUUGACUUGAUUCUGCCAAGAGGUUACAGAUUCUGUAACAGGGUUAAAACAUGAAUUCCUCAAUGGUUACCAGUUCAGGCCUUAACUCCAACUAGUGAAGGGAUGUGGUUUGGAAUAUUCAGAAAAUAGAUAUAGUUUUUUUUUUAAUGCUAGUGAACAUCAGGUACACUACCACCUGUAUUCAACUAUUCAAUGUUUGAAGGGCUUGGACAAAUGUCUGACAUUGCAGUGCCCUAACUUACUAUUUACUUUAUAUUUCAACUGUCAUGCUUCUUGAUUGUCCAUGUUUUGAUAACCCAAUAAUACCAACUGGACAGAACUUCUGUAUUGGGGACCAAAAGAUAACGAGGUGACUAAAUCCCAAGGCAUUCUAGGAACUGAGUGAGGCUUUCAUUAUGCAGUCAGGUACUGUACAUGUUUUUAGGCCUCAAUGUCGCUAAGCUUGUUUUUGGCAUCUAGUAGAACAGCUAGCUUACAUGCUUUACUUCGAAACCCAAAUGUUGACAAAAUCUCCACAGAGAAUCUCUACAGAAUUUGUCAGCAGACUUUUAAUCUUUUGACAAAAAAAGGGGACACGGUUGAAAACCAACCAGCUAAUAGACCAUGUCUAUACCUGCAUGAGCUGGAUGCACAGUGCUGAGGUGAAAAUGGAGGUGUGAUUGUGGCAGGUGCGGUAGUUUGGGCCGAAAUACUUUUUUUUUGUUUAUUCAGCAGAUGACCCAACGUCGCAAAAAUGACAAGAAUGUGAUUAUAAUUUUGUUAAGAAAAAAGUGAUUUAUGAGAAGUACCACCACCAAAUAAAGAUUUAUAUUUCCAACA